UUCAAUGAGCGCUAUUGUUGAAAAGUCUGUGCGCCGCUGAACCCCGGCGGACCUGAGUCUCCAACUCUGACAGACGGAGCGGAGCGAGUGCGCUGCAGUGAUACACCUUUUGGUUUUUCUAUGGACUGUUGCGUUGCAAGUAGAGGUUUAUGAGCAGUUUCGGGGUUUGGCACGGAGAGACACGCCGGCAAAGUGGAUAAAAAGUUUGGGUAGAAGCUGCUCCAGCGCAUUCCCGCGGACUUUGGAUUACUUUAACAAGGGUUUAAGGCCUGACGUCACCAUGCUGCCUUACUUCCUGCUCCUCUUCCUUUCAUCUGGUCUGGUGUUAUCCUCUGACUGCCCGGCUGACUGUUCUUGCAUGGGCCAGGACUCAAUAUUCUGCAUUCAACGACGCUCCAGCACUGUGCCUCGUGUCCCAGCCACCACACAAAAUUUAUACAUCUUCCAGAAUGGCAUCGACACUUUGUCCCAAGAUGACUUCAAAGGCCUGGGGGAGUUGGAGUUGCUAGACCUGAGCCAGAACGAGCUGGCAGAGAUGCCAGAUGGUGUGUUUGAGAUGCUGGCAAAGCUGAAAAACUUAGACCUCUCCUCUAACCAAAUUACACACAUUUCCAAAGGCAGUUUUUCUGGGUUGGUCCAACUAGAGAGGCUGUAUCUCCACGCAAACCGCAUUCAGAGCAUCCAUUUGGAAGCUUUUGAUGGUUUAGAGAUGCUACUGGAACUCAAGCUCCAAGGGAACCAGCUCACCUCUCUGCCAUCCCUUCAUUUCCCCAGGCUUCUGCUUCUAGACCUGAGCUACAACAACAUCCCAACCCUGGGACCCUCAGACCUCCAGACUCCCCACCUGGAGGCCCUUAAAGUGGCCUCUCUGGGGCUUACAUCUGUGGAUGAGGAUCUCAUAGCCUCACUGGGGAACCUUCAUGAGCUCGACAUCUCCACAAACCAGUUAACUGAGGUUCCCCAGGCCCUAAAACAAGACUCCCUCAAGGGGCUGAUCAAGCUCAGCCUGGCUGCCAACCCAUUGGGUGAGCUCAAGGUGGAGGACUUCCAGAAACUGAGUGGACUUCAAGAAUUGGAUCUAAGUGGACUUAAUCUCCAGGGAUUUUCUCAGAGUUUCUUCCAGACCUUCCCUAGGUUGGGUCAACUGACAGCAGCUGAGAACCCAUUUAACUGCUUGUGUCCAUUAGCCUGGUUCCCUGUCUGGCUAAAAGAGAAAGACGUGAAUCUUGGGAGGCCUGAGGAAACCAGGUGUCACUUCCCUCUAGUCAAUGCUGGAAAAAUGCUUUCAGCGCUGGAACACAAAGAUUUCGGUUGUCCACCUACCACCACAGUGCUGAUUGGCUCCCCCAUUGGAAGUACUCCUGUUCCCCAGAUGCCCACCACAUCUCCAGACACCAUCCAUACCAAUGCUAUUCCCCCUCCUCCUCCACCCAGUGAGGCAACCGUGUCCUCAAAAACAGACAGCCCCCUUUCACCAGAACCUCCAGUCUCCCCAAGUUCCACCAGUGGAGAGAUAGGGGAGCACAUCUGCCCACCAAAUAUCUGCCUUAAUGGAGGCACCUGUAAUUUUGACCCACUGGGGCAACUCAGCUGUCUUUGUCCCUCGGGGACCUCUGGCCUCUACUGUGAAAAUGUGGAUGAGGUUCCUGAGCCACCGAAACCAUCAGCAACAGAAGUUUUGCUAGCUGCCCCUGCAAUGCCAGCUGAACUCGAUGCUAUCAGCUCACGGCAGGUCACCUCCACAUCUAUCCUUCUUGACUUGCACCGUUUCAUUGAGACACGGCCACACAUCCGUGGCAUCAGGUUGACCUAUCGUAACCUCUCAGGACCUGACCGCCGCCCCAUUAUCCUGAGUGUACCAGCUUCUUACCCUGAGUACACUUUGCGUGGUUUGAGACCCAACUGUACCUACUCAGUCUGUGCCAGUCCUCUGGGUGAAAGAAUCAACUCUAGGGCAAACAGCUCAGCUGAAACAGGGUCGUGUACAGAGGCUCGCACAGAAGGGAUCCCACAGACAUCUUCAGAGUCCAGGGUGGAGACACAGAGCCCGCUGACAUACACUCUCAUUCCUGCCCUGGCUGCACUGGCACUGGUGCUGGGGUUGGCCGUGGUGGCUGGGACAAUCAUUUGUGUCCGAAAGAGAAGGCAGGCCCAGGCAGAAAUGGAGCUAGAGCUGGGCCCAGCAGAUCCUGAUCCCAUGGAAUUGGAGGGCAUAAAGGCCAGCCUGGAGAAUGGGGGAAAUGGCACACUACCCCACAAACAGCCUGAGAUUGACCGCUGUCACACUCCUCAGCCGCCUCCAUCUUUGCAGCAAAAUGGAGGUUUGGACUAUGAAGUUCCCUUGAUGCAAGGACACUGCCCAUCAAAUAACAAUCUAGCAUCCUUAAAGCCAUCAUAUUUCUAAAAUGCAAUAAAAUACACUUGGAAAGAUUUUGAAGAGAGAGGGCUUGCCCAUCAGGAGAUCCUGCUAUGGCUCACUUAGUGGUUAAAAAUCAAAUCUUCAUUCCAAUAUCAGAUAUCCACAAUUUGAAAAGUGGCACUUACUGUCCAAAUGAUAACACUGCAGACUGGAUCAUCUAUUUUAGAAAUACUGAAAGAUGAAUUUAAGAUUACAGCAUAUUGGAAAUGUGCUAAACCACUGUGGGACAAUGAUCAGGACGUGGUUUACAGUCAUCUAGCAGAGUUUAAUGGUGGUGAAACCUAACUAAGUGAUUAAACUAAGUGCAAUCGAAUAGAAGGGUCUUAGUAGCAGACUGAAAACGGAAGUGCCUUUUUGCAUUGAAACAGCUGUAACCAGUGGCUCAUUUUAAAAAGAAAUCUUUGUUUAUAUAAAAGAAACUAUACGAAUGAGCUGUAAUCCUGUUGCUGGAUUUGAGAGAUACAGAAUGGGGAUAAGUGCCCCAGUGUUUGGGCUACAGAACUGGAGGAAGUGACAGUGGUUUAAAUGAAAACAGUGAUGCAGAUGUGUGAUUCCUGGACCUCAUGUCCUGGUACUAAAUGGGUUUUCGACCAACUCCAACUGCUCCAUGGGGAUUAUUAAAAAAAACUUGCACUGAAAAGAAAUAUUUCUUUUCCUUUCCAGUGUCCCAGUCACGAACUGCCAAAAGACUGAUGGUAGCAUUAAGAAAUGCAGACACAAAAACUUUGAAAAAAUACUUUGCAAAGCUAGUGAUAGGCUGACCUGUCUCAACAUCAUAUUUCGUCAUUGACAUUAUCUAAUCUGAAAGAAAACUUCAAGUUGGAUUCUUCAGUGUCAACAGAUCUACCAUAUUUCUCUCCACACAUCCCGAAGCUUUUGGCUCCGUGAGAGAUGAAUUUGCUGUGAAAGAUAAAUGGACUGAAUUAAGAGCCAUUGAGAAUGGACUUUGCCGGCAUUGUUCUGCACCGUGAUGGGAAAGCUGUUUUGUCUAGUUUAUAUCAUGAUAUUUUGUUUUUGUUGUGCUUUUUUUUUUUUUUUUGUAUUUUUGUUGUGUUUUAUGCUGUUGAUGUCCAUACAGUGUUGCUAUUUUUUGCAAGUUGAAACUUUUUUUUAUUGUUCUCCCUUGAAAAAGCCUCCUUAAUUCAUCAUAGAUUCUAUCAUUUUCUUUUUGCAUAUAAGGUUACAUGUUGCUAAAACUUUCCAGAGCUACUUGCAGCGAGUGAUGAGUAAACACUAGCUUAGAUUCUUGAGCUAAAAGCACUAAAACAACCAACUAUAAUCACAUAACUACUAAAAAGUUUUCAUGUAAAGACUAAAUUUAAACAGUUUUCUUUACAUCAUGCACAGAAUGUUUUUGUAUGAGGUUCGCCAAAAUAUGUCUGAGGAGUUCACCAAGUGAAUGUAACUAUCAAGUGUCAGACACUUUAUAUUCUCUGCGAGGUCUGCCAACGCUACAUAAGGACAAGCCACAGACUGUUUUUGACAGCCAGAGCUCCCAAAAUUGUGUUCAAAGGCCUUUUUGCCACAGAACCCACUCCUAUAAAGCAGCACACGCGCGCCGAGAAAAGAAAGGAAGUUCAAAGAGCUCCAAGGAAACUUGCUGUGAGUGUCAGUGAGUUUUAGUCACUAGUUCCCUCUUGGCUGAACCAUUUCUGAGAUAUGGUCUAGACAGGGUCCCCCUGUAGCUGUUUGUUCUCACACACCCUCUCUCUGGCUCCCUGUGCCUCCACUUCAACCAUCCACUGUGUUUUGGUACAAAAAGAUUAUUGGCAUGUGUGUUCAGAGACUGUUUUGCUUGUUUACGGCCAACCAGACUGUGAAAUGCACCGGCUAAGUGCACCGUUCUGAUGUAUUUGUUCUUUUUUUCCUGUCUGAGGUUGGGAAUGUCACAAGCUUUUAGUGUUACUUUUCUUUUUUAUAUAUAUCUUUUCCUUUCAUGAGAAAGAAUCUUAACUUGGAAAGUAUAAUAGGUUUACAGAGACGUGCCUUAGCAACAUUCGUGCAGAGCCUUACUGACAUCUUGUAGUGUCAUAUUACAUGUUGAUGUGUAUUUCAAGAACAAAAGGGCCUUUAUGUUGUCUCACAAGAUAUUGCAUUAUAUUACAUUACAAACUACAAAUGAAGAAACAUGAAAUGUAAUGUAAUCUGUUUUUAAAAAGACCUUCCUUGGUUCUUGGUGAUCUACAGUAACAGCAGAAAGCUUGGAUGACUGGGUUUUAUCAGUUUUUUCAGGUGUGUGUGUGUGUGUGUGUGUGUGUGUGUGUGUGUGUGUGUGUGUGUGUGCGCGUGCGCGUGUGUGCAUGUGUGUUUUACUUCCACUUCUACAGUACGUUGUCUGCUUUAUAAUUGAGUCCAUGCACUACACUCCAGCACUGUCCAAAAUCAACUUACCAUUCUCUGGCUUCUCUACUUUCUUCGUUCUGUCAAUAUUCCAGCAUAAACACAGACACAGAUGCUCAUAUAUCAGCUCUCCAACAAUAUAUCAACUGGAAGACUCUUUGUAUCGCUUUGGACAGUGAGAGGAGCAGGAAAUGUUUGAAAUAUUUUCAACAUGCUUGUUACAGAACCUUCCCUGUUUAUUUAGGGAAGCUUGUCUUUUUUUCCUUGUUUAAUGUUUGUCAAUUAUGUCAAUUACAUUUUUGUUUUUGCCAGAAUGCUGAGAAAAAGAACAGUAUUAAAAAGAUUUAAUGUUAAAUCUGA